GAGGCUCAGUAGUUGUGUAUCAAACGUUUCAAAACACUCUGUGCCGCCACACUCCAGGAAGGGCCUCAGUCACUGUAUCUCUUUGUUUAAUCACACUUUUCUGAGGUACACGUCUGGCAGGAUGACAAAUACUCUUGAGAGUUAUGUCAAUCAUCUAGUGUCAGUUAUAACUGCUGAUGGGAGAAACAUUGUGGGAACGCUAAAGGGCUUUGACCAGACAGUGAAUCUGAUCAUGGAUGAGUGUCAUGAGCGGGUCUACAGUUCUCACCGAGGAGUUGAACAAGUUAUCCUGGGGCUGUACGUUGUCAGAGGAGAUAAUGUGGCCCUCAUUGGAGAAGUGGAUGAAGACUUGGAUUCAAGACUAGAUUUAGAAAAUAUUCGGGCAGAACCUCUUAAUGAAUGUAAAACAUAAUCUUCCAACUUUUCUGAAUGUGUUAGUGUAUAUUGUAAUGAAAAUGUCUUAUUAUGAAUACGAAACUGUGUGUAAGUGCUAACUCUUAAUAAAAAAAAUAUGAAAGAAUUAUUGCUGUGAUUAUGACAAUACGGUAAGAGAAAAAGGAACAAGAUACUGUACUCUUAUCAUUAAACGAGGAAAGAAUAUGAUUCCAGGGAUUUUUAAUGGUGUGUGCUCAAGCUGUAAAAAUACAAAACUUAAAACUAUCUAACCUGCUUGAAGUAGAAAAGUACAAUUGAAUGACUGACUAUAGUUGCAAGUGCUGUACUCUAUCAGGGAGAUUGAAAAUAGCAUAUAAUAUGUCAUGCUGUAUAAAGGUUACCUAACUGCUCAUUAAUUUCUCUGAUAGACGUUGUGCUGGAAGAAUAAACUUUUGUAAUGAAUCUUGAGUUUUAGCUCAUUAUAAUAUUGUCAGACUUUGCCUUAGGAUAAUAAGACUGCUGUUAAGAAUAUUAGAUCAUAAUCCAUCACUGGGUACUUCUUUAAUAAACUGUGUUAAGUUUAGUUAUGGUGCAACACUUCCAAAAUAUAAGUGAUGGUCAUCCCACCAACAUUCUUCUCAGAAUAAAAAAAUAUUGAA